AUGGCUUUCCAUUCACAAAAGCUGCUUCUUCAUUUUCUUCAUCUUCCCUACUUGAUGUCAACUACUAUCCUCUUCCUCAUAAUCCCUUUCGCAUCUCAGUUAUCAUUCAACUACACCGAUUUCUCUCAACCUAUAAUACUGACAGGAAACGCUACAAUCUCAGGUUCAGUCAUCCAACUCACCCCAAAUGCGGUGGACAACUGGGGUCGAGCCACGUAUUCAGAAACCAUGCUUCUCUGGGAAAAUAGUACACGAGAAGUUGCCAACUUCACUACCAGCUUCUCUUUCAUCAUCUCUUCGGAAGGUGCAGAAAGGUAUUCAGAUGGGCUAAUGUUCUUCCUCGCAAGCCCCGAUUUCCCUCCACCCACUCCAACAGACGGCUCUGGCCUUGGCCUUGUGAGCCGCGACCAAAUGAGAGACUCAACUUUCUUAGCUGCAAAUAAAUUCGUUGCGGUGGAAUUUGACACUUUCUGGAAUAGCGAUGUGGAUCAGCCUGACCCAGCUAAUGCGCACGUUGGUAUCAACAUCAACAACAUGACAUCUCGGAACUCGACAACAUGGUAUAGCAUCAUUAAGGAGAAGAGAACAUACAGUUCUAGUAUUAGUUACGAUCCCAGCACACAAAAUUUAAGUGUGAGCUUCACUGGAUUCAAAAGUAAUGAUCCCGUCCCAAUAAAACAACACCUUUCAUCUAUAGUUGAUUUGAGAGAUCACUUACCAGAAAGGGUUAAAUUUGGCUUCACGGCCGGAACAGGACUGAUUUCCGAGUUGCAUAUUCUUUGCUCGUGGUCCUUUGAAUCAUCACUUCUGAUUCAGAAAUCUCCACAACCACAGCCAAACAAGAUUGAGAAUCUCCACAACCACGUCCAAUGA